AUGUUACAGAAGGAACACCUUGUUGCGCAUAUGAAAUCACAUCGUGUUUCUGUGGAUGAUCCAAAACGAGCUAUGAUUGUGUUGCAUCGUUUUGAGGCUGCGCCACCACCGUCGCGCGCCUUGUCACAAGCCGAUACUCGUAGUACUGAAAAUGAAGCAGAACAAUCAAAAGAAGUGAGUGAAUUUGUGACUCACAUCCGCAACUUGUUGAUUAUAAUUGUCCGACUGUAA